UGUGGAGGGAGAACGGAAACGUGCGCUUCUGUUGCUUUGUUUUCUCACUGACCAGUAUUCCCAGUACAGAAUUUGAAAGACUUGACUUCUACUGCGUCUGAUCACUGUUUAUUAUUAUGGUGGUGGUGAUGGUGACUUGCAGUGACAUUAGUGUGGUGGAGGUCUUUCUGUGAAGUGUUAAGAAGUUGUGGUGUACGUAAUGCCACACCACCGCCGCCACUACCACCACCGCAGCUGAAGACGUGUGUGUGUGUGUGUGUGUGUUUGUGACGCUUGUUUGUUGUCUCUGGGUGUAGUAAAAGUCUCACCCUCGUAUCUUCUACUAUGUUUCAUCAGUUUCUCUGCCACCAUCGUAACUUCCCUCCAACAGCACUGCUGUUCCCUGCUGUGGACCCCCACCACCGCUAUCUCAUCCACAGCACAGUGCAGGACCACUUCCCGGCCCUCACCUCAGUCAGUGUGGGCGAGGGGGACCAGCGGCGCACAGCAGUCUCAUUCCGGUCGGGCCCCAGCCCCCCUGACUCCCCACUAGUGGGCCACCACCACACCAGGGAGGAGGGACACAGACCAGCGGGUCUGCCACACCAUGAUUUAGACCGCAGAAAAGAGUGCAUGCAGCCCACAGCUCACCUGCCUAAGCAAGAGGAGCGGCAGCCACAGCAUAGCAUACACAAGCAGCAGCAGCAACAGGGCCAGCACAAGCCACAGAAACAAAAGCAGGUCCAAAGCCACAGCAGCACAGAAAAGCCUCAGAGCAAGGUGCAACAGGAGGUCAUCAAACCACCAGCAGAACCAUCUCACUCAAGACAAGGUGAGAAGCAGCCAAGAAAAGAAGAGAAACCACAGCAGAGACAAACACAGCGGUCACGCCAGGCACCAAGGUUCAGGAGCCACAGCAGCAGCAGCAGCCAUUCCCGCCAACGGCAGUGGAGGAACAGUGUGUCGCCACAGCACCGCAGACCACCACCUUCUGACGCCACCCAAGACACCAGUGCCCAGCAAGGGAAGGCCACUGCUGAGGAGACACACAGCAAGAGAAGGAGAAACCGCAAGAACAAGCGACAGAAGGAGAAAGCAGAACAGCAGGAAAAGCACAGUAGUGAUCAUGUGAACGGAAGAGAGAAACAUACUAAUAGGCAGAACACAGAGUCAGGUCAGAGUAGACAUAUUGAGACAGUGACAGUGGGAGGUCAGGGGAAGGUGAGUGAUAACCCCAAUGGUGCAGUGCCUGGCAGAGUGACGCGGAGGGCGGAGUGGACCAGCAGUGCCAGCGUGGGUGAAGGAGGCAUCCGGAAGAAGUGCAAGUCUGUGGAGGAGUCGGGUGUGACGAGGAACAACACAAGAAGCAACACAAACGAGGAGUGGGAGAGAAGGUUUUACAGUAGUGGUGGCAGCAGCAGCCUCACCACCUCACCCACCAGGCCAGACCCUCAGGCCAUGCCAGUCACCAUGCCACCUGAAAUGUCCAACAAUAGGCGUCGUGUGGGUAAAGCAGCAGCUCAGAUCUACCGACCACCCCCAGCAAGAGGGAGUCAUGAGGAGAUGAGUCCAGCUCACCACCCACACACCCCAGCACAGUCCCGGCCAAGUCCUCAGGAGUCCCUCGGCUAUCACACCUACCCCGUGGUUGGCAGGCAGCGAACUGACAGUGAAUGCAGCACCGCCACCAAUGCCAGUGAUUUCUAUGGCAAGAGUAGAGGGAGGCGGCCAGAUCAGGUUCUUUACGUGCCCCGUGGGAGAAGGCACGUUCCCUCUGGCACCAGUGGAUCAGCCCGUGCCACCCCCACUCCUCUGCAGGAUCUGGAGCCUCUUCCCCGGCCACCCUCCCCCACCUACUCCAUCUGUUCUAUUGCCUCUGAGUACAGUGGACGGAACAGAUAUGGUCGUCAGGGGAGUCAGGCAUCCCUGUUUGAUGGAGAAACAGAGGGCCGAGUGAGAGGAAAGCCACCACAAGCUAAGGCUGAGUUCAGUGGGAGGGAGACUAGUGCAGGGAAUCAAAGACACCAAAAGGGAGGGAAUGGCAAUAGUCGGUUCUCCAACGAAACUUAUCAGUUGAUUGAACGCUGUCUCAACCAAGACACAGAAUCUGCAAGAAGCAAAGACAGGCCAGGGCCAUCUGAAUACCACAAAGGUCAGGGUGGCCGAAAGAGUCCUGGACCACCUCGGGAUGUCCAGCACAGCAUCCACAGCAAGGAAAACAUCAUGGCUCCACAGGCAGAGUCAGGGCGACGAGCCAAGAAGAGGAGAUCCAGGCGGAGGCACUCACGCAGCCGAGACCCAAGCAGUGAGCACCACAACAGGGCCAGGAUGGGAGAGCAGCUUCCUCGAACACCCACACCAUCCCGUGGAGGGUCGGGGAGUGAGCAGAGAGCAGGGAGCUGUGAACGUGUCUUCUACAACAGCAGUUAUGAACAUCAGGACCGGGGCUAUGACAACUAUGACCGCUACACCAGCAGUCGCACCAGUAGCCGCAACCCCAGUCUGGAGCGCACCACUCAUGUCCCCAACCUGAACUGGAGGGCAGGAGGCAUUGGUGGAUCAAACCCCAUGACCCCCAACAAAGGCAGCCCACCCUACUGUCCCCCACGGUUCAGAAACUCUUCAGGCAAGCCGCCAUCAGGCAGGCUGGGAUCAUUGCCCAAUGUAGCACUUGACUUAGGAGAAAGUGGUGGCCCCUCGAAGGACACCAUGGAACACUGCCACACCUUGCCCGUCCACCUUCCUAGCACUCAUCGAGAGGAAUCCAGUCCAUGUACAACUCCAGCCAACACCACACCCUCCAAGUCCAAGCAGGACACACCCAGACUCAGCUUGGACAACUCCAUGACGUCGAGUUGGGGAGACAGCAUGGCGGUGCUGGACAUCAGCGAUGUGGAGAGUCCAAGCCAGAGCCAGGACAUCAAGACACCCUCCAAAGAAUCAUUGAACAGCCCAGCAAGGUCUCCAGUGAUGAGCAGUGAGCCAAGCCCGUGCAGCAGUCCAACUCAUCCAGUGGAGAGCAGUAUACGGGACACAGCAGACCAUAGCACCUUCAACCAAACUAACACAGACCUCAGUGAUACUCAGCUAGACCACAGAGACACCAGUCAGGCUAACACAGACUACAACAGUAAGCCAGAUCCUCUGCCAACUGACACCUGGGAACAAAAUCAGACUGAAUCCCCACCAAGCCCGAGAGAAGCCCCUGUGCCACCCCAAACAGAGGAACACGAGAAAAAGGCAAGUAAGAAGUUUGCCUUUAACUGGGCAGAUGAGACGGAGGAUUCCUGGGACAGCCUAUAUGAUGACUCGGGUGAGUGUCUUGAUCCAGAUCUCAAACAGCAGCUUAAUGACACUCUGGGCAAGGUGAAGUUGGAGAAACCAGUCAAUGAUUACUGCCGCUUCCAGCCUCGCUCAGAGGCAGAGAUGAAUGAAGAUGACUAUGCACAUGUCAUUGAGAUCUAUGACUUCCCCACCUCCUUCAAAACACAGGACCUCAUGAUGGUGUUCAGCCAGUUCAUCUCGGCAGGCUUUGACGUCAAGUGGGUGGACGACACUCAUGCUCUUGGAAUUUUCUCAACUUCCCUAAUGGCUGCCGAAGCUCUCAGCCUGAGACACCCAUUCCUCAAGACUCGCUCUUUGUCCAAUGCCACCAAGACCUCCCGGGCCAAGGCCAUGCGUAUCACUGACGCCCUGCUGCCCUACAAGCCUCGGCCAGCCACGUCAGCAGCCCUGGCCCGCCGCCUUGUGUCUGGUGCUCUUGGCCUCAAGGUCAACAUAUCACGGGAGGUCAGGGAGGCUGAGAGACAGAAACUUAAGGAUGCCAAAGCUCGCAAAAGGUUGGAAGCCAAGCAAAAAAUGGAUGCAUGGGAAGGAAACCUGACCUAGUGCGGCCGGCAGACAGGAGGACCAAGCCCUCCUGCACCAGUCCUUACUCUCAGCUAUAAAGCAGACAAUAGUACUUUGCUCUAUUGCCAGCCAGUGUGUGGCUGCCGCCUCUGUCCCUGUACGAGGCAAGUCUUGGCGAUGAAGUCAGCUUGACCGGGUCACUUUGUUCUUGGUUGUAUUACUUUAGUUUAUUAUUCAAAAAAGUGAAUAUGAGAUUGAUGCCAGAAUCUUAGCAAUAAAUAGUAAAGGGAAGGGCAAUCUUGUGCACUGACAAGCAGUUUACAGAAUCAAGUACGAGUAAAUUGUGCAAUAAGCAAGGAAUUAUCGGUGCAAAGGAUGAUCACUUUAUUAUAAUUUAACAAUUACUUCCAGGUUUUAAUAAUAUUACUCGUAAAUUAAGACAGGUUUACCCGAAGCUGUUACCAGAAGAUGGGCACACUUUUACGUGUGUGUAUUACGUACACAGAUGUAUUGAGGUAGUGUAUGAGCCGUGUUGCCGCAGCAAGUGCCUGCAGGGUCACCUCAAGCACCCUCUUCUCAGGUAGUCUUAUCACUUAGUGUACCAAGAGAGAGAAAACAUAGCAUUGAAACAUUGUAUCCAUGCUGCAUUUAUUGUGCACAGUUUAUUCUAUGGUAGUGGGUAGUAACAAAUGAUUGUUAUUGGAGGUGCAUCUCUGCCAUUGUAUUUUGUAGUCAGGAAAUUAAAUUUGCAGAAUUACUGCAAAUAUGUGAAAUUAGUGCCAAAAAUAUUUUGUUUUGCUAAGAGGCGGCAUGAAAAUAACAACACAGUAAGAAGGUCCUGCUUUUCACAAGUAUGGAUUGAACUGGUCUCUGCAACAAAUCUGGUUCACCAUGGACUUGUUCCCAAUGGCCACUGUGAGGGUGUGUUGCAGGACCAAACUGACAUCUGUGGUGGAUGCAGUGUGGCAUGAGCAGCAACAUCUCGGUCACCUGCCUGCUUAUAACAGACCAGACUAGAGGCAAAAGUAAAGUGUACUUUGGAAUGUUUGGUGGAUGUGUUCUGCAAGCACUGCACCAUCCUUGUUAUGUGGAGGCCUUACCAUGUGUCAACUGGACUCAUUCCUGUCACCACAGUUCAACAAGGACUGUAUUAGCAAAGAUUGUUAAUUGUAGAGGUUUCAUUCAGCCCAACUCUUGCUUAGAGUUGUGCUUAACUUCCCAAGUUGUGCUGAGAGUUGGUCUUGAGGUGCCAAAAUUUUAAGACCGGUCAGGAGGUACGUACCUUAUUUUUGAGAGUUUGGCUAAGCCUAGGUGAAACAAGCAGAGAUGGCUGACUAUUGUCUGAGCUGUCCAACUGAAGUAUUAUCAGCCCAUAAGGAUGUUUUUGAUGACCUGAGUGACUGUUUAUAUAUAUAUAUAUAUAUAUAUAUAUAUAUAUAUAUAUAUAUAUAUAUAUAUAUAUAUAUAUAUAUAUAUAUAUAUAUAUAUAGCACCUGCAGAAGUGUUAAUUGUGACAGACUUAGCAGAUACCUUAGAGAGCUGAUAUAAUGAUGCUAGUAAACAAAGUAAUAAGGUGUUAUUUAGCCAAUGGAACCUGCAUCUGUGCAGCAAUAAUGGCACUGGCUCUUCCUGUGUCCUUGUUUUGAAGUGUCUCAUUUACUUUUUUUUUUUUUUUUUUUUUUUUUUUUUUUUCAAAUAGCGACAAGCCCCAUGCAGCCUUUUAGUGCCACUGAAUGAGUGGAGCCCUUCAGGCUAUAUUUUUCUUUAUAAUACUGACUGUGUGAGGAAGGAAAAUCUUGCCAACAGUCCUGCUGGAUUUCCUAUAUUGGUAUUUGUAGCUUCAUCUCCUUGCCAAAGGGGAAGGGGAAAAAAAAAAAAAAAAAAAAAAAAAAAAAGGAAGGCACUGCUUAGUGGGAAUAGCAGGGCAAUGUUGGCUCAGGGAUAUAAACAGUGAGACAAAAUGCGCGUACCUUGUGUGGGAUAUAAUUAGCUUUAUAAUGUACAUAAAUUUAUCCAAUCAUAUCCUAGAAUCCAUCAUUAAUUACAUUUUUUUUUCUAUUAAUCCAAAAAAUUGUAAAAAGAUUGUAAGAUUUUACUGUUUAGCUCUUUUGCCAAUUCAUGCUGGGGAUUAAGAGUUCAUCUCAGCCAAGGCUCAGCAUAACUUCAGACACACUCAAGAGAUGAGCACAAGUAUAAGUAGAAGGCUGAGACAAAGGCUAAGAAUCUUUGCUAAUGCAACCUCAGAAAAUUAUAAUGGUGUCCCAUUUAGUUCUGUAAACACAUGAUGAGGUUGCUGUAAUACCAAGGCUAUCACUACCUCCACACCACAACUGUCAGGGAAGAGGGAGGGAGUGAGUGGGUAGGUAAUAGUGCAUCCCUGUCACCCUCAAGAAGUGAGUAGUGAACUGCAUGCUGUGGUAUAAUAAUUAUAUUAUUUAAAGCGUAUCUUCCUGAAAGUGUUGGCUGCAAGGGAGGUUCACUAAACACCAUGUCCACCGCCAUACAUUUUUCUUAUUAUUAUUAUUUAAUGUGCUCAUGUGCUGACAUGAGGUGAAGUGAAUAUAAACUUUCAUUUAACUUUUAGAUUGACUCUACUUCUAAUGUUUUUAAUUUAUUGUAUUUAUUUUAUCUGAAUUGUUUUGUCAAGAAAGAAGUCACUAAUAAUGAUAGUCAUAUUCCAUAAUAGUGGGGCAUUAUGACAUUCUAGUUUAUAGUAUUUUAUGAUUAUUAACUGAUAAUAAGAGAUUUUAUUGUGCAGAUGUGUAUAGUAAUCAAAUGACAUCUUUACUAUUUUGAUAGGGAAGAUCUCAACUUUAUAUUCACAUUGUGUGGUUGAAUGAUGGAGAGCAGUGUGUAUGGGUGUGUUUGCAGCUGCAGUGCAAUAUUAAGACUGCCAUUCAUUGCUUUACAGAAAUAAUUAUUGUUGAGCUGAUGGCAGGGAGAGACAGGCAGGCAUAUAUACAGGCUUGAGAAAUAUUUCCUACAGUUACCAUAGGCUCCUUGUCUUGUAGAAAGUAGGUGCAUUGAAAAACACUGGUUUCUUUUGUAUAUAUAGGUUAAGUAUUUUUAGACUGAAAAGUUUAUGUUCAAGAAGUUUGAGCAAUGUGUAUUUUUCCGGCCCAGAGCCAGUAAUGUGAUUGAUGUGUUGGAAGGAGUAUAUAUUUUUGUACAUCUUUCACAUUGUCUCUUUGUGAAACAUGUCAAUUAAUAUGUGAUUA